AUGAACCUCCCGCCGACACGGGAUUUUGGCGCAGCUUGCAAGCCAAAACUUGCUGUCAAAAGUCGGUCCGCCAUCGCAGGCAGCGGGACCGUUAAGCUUAUCGCGGAGGUGAAGAAAAAAUCACCCAGUAAAGGCAUUAUCCGCGAGGAUUUCGAGCCGGUGUCAAUUGCCGAAACCUACGUCGAAAAUGGUGCUGCUGCGAUCUCUGUGCUGACAGACAAACAUUUUUUCGCAGGCGAACUCGCCUACCUGCGCGCAAUCCGAGAAGUCGUUGAUGUACCGCUCCUCCGAAAAGAUUUCACAAUUGAUCCGUAUCAUAUCUACCAAGCUCGCGUCGCGGGGGCAGAUGCUAUCUUACUGAUUGUGGCGGCAUUGACAGCGGCACAACUACGGACAUUCAUGGAUGUUGCAGAGUCGUUGUCACUGGCGUGUUUGGUGGAGGUACACACACAAGAAGAAUUAGCCAUCGCGUUAGAUGUUGAUGCACAAAUUAUCGGCAUUAAUAACCGAGAUCUGCGCACAUUUCACACGGACAUUGCCACAACGUUUCGGUUGCGUGAAGCUAUUCCAGCAGAUAAGAUUGUGGUGAGUGAAAGCGGUAUCUACUCGCAUGAAGACGUGAUGCGGUUACAGGAAGCAGGUGUGCAGGCGAUGCUUGUCGGUGAGUCGUUGAUGCGGAGCCCUGACAUUGGUGAACAGGUUCGAUAUCUCUUAAACUAUUAA